UUUCACCUGUUCCACCUUGAGCCCUGAGCCUGAGUGAGUGGGUGUGUCCGAUACUGGAAUCUGAUGACAUACAACACAGCACUGCCCUGCCUCGGAGCCGCACAGCGCACACAGACAUGGGGAAGACAGGUGGAAGAGGAGACUUUGAAUGGGUCUACACUGACCAACCGCACACAUCACGCAGAAAAGAAAUACUAGCAAAAUAUCCCCAGAUCAAGUCCCUGAUGGGCCCGGACCCCCAGCUGAAGUGGGUGGUCUCUGGGAUGGUCCUGACACAGCUCCUGGCCUGUUACCUUGUCCAAGACCUGUCCUGGAAGUGGAUCUUCUUUUGGGCAUACGCCUUUGGGGGCUGCAUUAACCAUUCACUCACACUAGCCAUUCAUGACAUCUCUCACAAUGUGGCCUUCGGAAACAAGUUGGCCAAAUGGAACCGCUGGUUUGCCAUGUGGGCCAACCUUCCCAUAGGAGUGCCUUACUCUGCUUCAUUUAAGAAGUAUCAUGUCGAUCACCACCGCUAUCUGGGAGGGGACCGGCUGGAUGUAGACAUCCCCACAGACUUUGAGGGAUGGUUCUUCAGCACUCCAGCCCGGAAGCUGCUCUGGCUUUUCCUGCAGCCCCUCUUCUAUGCCUUGCGCCCAUUGGUGGUCAACCCCAAACCAGUCGGUCACCUGGAGGUCCAAAAUGCAGUUGUUCAACUCACAGCAGACUUAAUUAUUUUCUACUUCUGGGGCUUGAAGCCCAUUAUUUAUCUCAUCGCAGGCUCCAUCCUAUGCAUGGGAAUUCAUCCCAUCUCUGGACAUUUCAUUGCUGAGCAUUAUAUGUUUCUAAAAGGACAUGAAACCUAUUCUUACUAUGGACCACUUAAUCUGAUUACUUUCAAUGUGGGGUAUCAUAUGGAGCACCACGACUUUCCAAGCAUACCUGGCAGUAAACUACCUCAGGUAAAGCAGAUAGCUUCAGAAUACUACGACAGCCUGCCCCAGCACACGUCCUGGACCAGAGUACUGUGGGACUUUGUGUUCGAUGACAGCAUUGGGCCGUAUGCUCGAAUCAAACGGGAGUACAAGCUCAGCCGGCAGGACAAGAGCAUAGACUGACUGAGACGCUGAGAAUCCCUUCUGUUGUUUGCAGGACUUUGUUAAAUUUUUUAUCUGAAAUUUAAAUAUACGUUUCAACACAUGGCAAAAAUAUUAUCUUUGCCUGCAGGUCACCUACAACUUUAAUUAGUGCUACUUGAUUGAUUUCUGUAAAUUGACAACACAGUCAUAGUCAAACAAUAUCAGAUACAUGCCAAAACUUGAAAAGGAAAAUAAAAAGCUUUUCAAACUUUAACCAUAUAUGUCAUUAGAUACAUUACAGCGUUGGCACAUGCACGCUCAUAUUAUCUGAUGUAAUUUCACAUAACUUGUGUAGAACCAAGCAGAAGUGGAAAUGAGCAUUGAAACUUACCUUUAGUAAGAGGAGCUUUUUCCUCUAGAGAGCUUCUGUAUGCUUUGUUGUUAGGCUGCACAUUUGCCUCAACUCAGUUAUUAUUAUGGCUGAAAUCACUGUCUUAACAUUUGAUGUAAAUACAACCUAUUGUUUUUUGUUUUUUUUCAUAAUCCUAUUUAACAUUCGAGAACUUUAUACAAAAAAUAAAACCUUGUAUUCUUAAAGUUAACUCGAUCUUCCAUAAUGUAUUUUUAUGUAGCAGAAUUGGUGACUCCUUCACAGUUGUCCACAGUGAGUGAACUGUGUCUGUUUGAGAACCUGCCCCAAGGGAAAGGGAAAUGCACACAAAUUCCCCAUUAAGCUACCAGGAAUAAGAAAAUAAAUGAAAGAUGACUUUUGAUUAUGUGGUUCAAAAUAAACCCCCCAAGCAAUCUGACUGGCUGCUGUAGAUGGAGACGAGGAAAACAAAAGUGUUUUGACACAUGUAUUGAAUGUUUUGAGCUUCCAGGUUUAAAAUCCAAAAAUAGUUGACAAGAGUGGAAAGAACAGUUUUUUUCAACCAAAGUCCACCUGCAAACACAUGUCUCCACUUCUAUCACAUAACCUAAACACAUUCUGAUCCAUAGGCAGCAAUGACCCCUGUGUACAACCAGAGCAGAAAAUCCUCCUAGAAACAAACCAUGAAAAUAAAUGUACCACCAUCUGCU